AUGAAUGUACGUGUGCGAGCAUUAGACAAAGGGCGUCCAGAACCCCAGAUCAAGGGUAUAACUACUGCACCUCAGGCACACUGGCUUACCACGCGAUCUCGUGAUUGUCUGACUAAUAUUACUUUAAUCAUUCUAUUGUGUGGGAAGUCUUACAGCAGUGAUUUCAUUUUCAUCUUCUAUUUGAUGUGCGGUCGCUGGGAGCUUGGCCCCAUUGUCUGUGAUCUGUACAUCGCAAUGGAUGUCGUCUGCUCCACCUCGUCCAUAUUCAACCUCGUAGCCAUCAGCAUAGACAGAUACACGGCCGUGACGAAGCCCAUCAAAUACGUCCACUCGAAGAACAACAACCGCAUCGUGGUGACCAUCGCCGUCAUCUGGACCGUGUCGGCCGCUAUCGGGAUCCCGCUCUUCUUCGUCAACAAGUACGACGGCUACAAGAAAGGUGACGAGCCGAUCGACGACUGCACCUUCGUCAACGCCGACUUCAUCCUCUACUCGUCCUUAUCCUCCUUUUACAUCCCCUGCAUCGCCAUGAUCUACCUCUACUACAGAAUAUUCAAGGCGCUAAAAGAUCGGGCGAGGAAGAAGAAACCCAAAGUCAGCGAAAUUAAAGCAGGAAGCGUUAUAGAAAACGUAGCACAAACCAGAAUGUUAGCGGAAACAACACUAGGGACAGAGAUGGUGCUGCCUCCUGCCAAGUCUACGGACCUCAUCGAGGAGGACAAGAACACCAACAACACCAGUAAUAGUCAGGAUGAAGAAGACGAAGAAGGUGACGUGGCGGCGGCGGCAUUACAAGGUGCGGGCGCUGAUAACUGCCAUAUCAUCAAGAACCCGAAGACACAAGACCUUGUGCUGACGCCACUCAAGGAGGAGAAAGAGUCGUCCGAGGGCAGCGCCGCCGUCCCCCCCGUCCAGUCCACCAGGAACGGCGCCGCCGAGGCCGUCAGGACAGCAGAGGGGGCCAGGGGGGGCCAGCCCGAACCCUCGCCUAGACAAGCCCUCCUCGGCAAGCAGAAAAAAGUCAAAAUCCAGUCGAAGAAGAACUGGCCGAGCACCACGCGAGGGGCGGAGGCAGCGGAGACAGGAGAGCUCUUGGAGAAGAAGGAUAAGAAAUCCUCCGCGCGCUUCACCAUUUACAAGGUCAACAAAGCCAGUAAAAAGAAGAGGGAGAAAUCUUCAGCCAAGAAGGAGAGAAAAGCCACCAAGACAUUAGCAAUCGUUUUAGCGGCAUUCCUCUUAUGCUGGGUGCCGUUCUUCACCUGCAACAUCCUAGACGCCAUCAGCAAGAAGACCGAUAAUAUAAAACUGCAACCAGGCAUGACAGCCUUCGUGCUCACCACCUGGAUUGGCUACAUGAACUCCUUUCUCAACCCUGUAAUCUACACGAUAUUCAACCCAGAAUUCAGAAAAGCCUUUAAGAAGAUUUUAGUGUGUCAGAGCUAG